AUGACCCUAGGAGCGCUGCUGCUGCUGCUGCUGGGGGCGCUGGGGGCGCCGUUCGCCCCGGGGCACCCGGAGGGCCGGGCCUGGUCCCACCUGAGCAGAUGCCUUCCCCGCAGCAAUGACGGCAAUUUUGGCGUAGCGCUGGACAUUAAUGUCGUGGUAACCUCCGAUGGCUCUGUGCGCUGGCAGCCCCCUGGCAACUAUCGCAGUAGCUGCAGCAUCCAGGUCACCUACUUCCCCUUUGACUGGCAGAACUGCACCAUGGUGUUUCGCUCCUAUAGCUAUGACAGCUCAGAGGUCAGCCUGCACACUGGUGUGGGCCUGGAUGGGCAGGAACGGCGGGAAGUGGACAUUCAUGAAGGGACCUUCAUUGAGAAUGGCCAAUGGGAGAUUAUCCACAAGCCUUCUCGGCUGAUCCAGCCGCCAGUGGAUCCUAGGGGAGUGGGAGAGGGACAGCAUCAAGAAGUCACCUUCUACCUCAUCAUUCGCCGGAAACCUCUCUUCUACCUGGUCAAUGUCAUUGCCCCAUGCAUCCUCAUCACUCUCCUGGCCAUCUUCGUCUUCUACCUGCCGCCAGAUGCAGGAGAGAAGAUGGGGCUCUCAAUCUUUGCCCUGCUGACUCUUACUGUGUUCCUGCUGCUGCUGGCAGACAAAGUGCCUGAGACCUCCCUGGCCGUCCCCAUCAUCAUUAAGUACCUCAUGUUUACCAUGGUCCUCGUCACCUUCUCAGUCAUCCUUAGCGUUGUUGUCCUCAACCUGCACCAUCGCUCACCUCACACCCACCAAAUGCCCCUUUGGGUCCGUCAGAUCUUUAUCCACAAGCUGCCUCUGUACCUGGGCCUGAAGAGGCCCAAGCCUGAGAGAGACCAGAUGCCGGAGCCACCCGCUGCAGCCCUCAGGGAGUCUCCGGGGAGUGGCUGGGGUCGGGGAACAGAUGAAUACUUCAUCCGGAAGCCACCGAACGAUUUCCUCUUCCCCAAACCCAACAGGUUCCAGCCUGAAUUGUCUGCCCUGGAUCUACGGCGAUUUAUCGAUGGUCCAAACCGGGCUGUGGGCCUGCCCGCCGAGUUACGGGAGGUCGUGUCCUCCAUCAGUUACAUCGCUCGACAGCUGCAGGAACAAGAGGAACACGAUGCGUUGAAGGAAGACUGGCAAUUUGUGGCCAUAGUAGUGGACCGCCUCUUCCUGUGGACCUUCAUCAUCUUCACGAGUGUCGGGACCCUCGUCAUCUUCCUGGACGCCACAUACCACUUGCCCCCGCCCGACCCCUUUCCUUAGGACCUAGAGGCAAGACCUAAGUCCUCGGUCAGCUGAACUGAGAGCUUGGCCCUAUCCCUUUCUGCCUCUUAACUCCUUCACUAGGGAUCCAGUCGUGUCAUUUUGUUCCAGGGAGAACCUAAGUGGGAGUGGGCAUACGGAAGCCUUGGGCCCACCAGAAAUGCACCAUCAGUUUGUUUACUUUUUGGCUUCUUAAAGAAACUCUUUUGACUAUCAACACUCAGGUUCCCAGUAAAAAGGAACAAAGAGCAAGAAUGAGACUGUAAGCCUUAUGAGUGCAGGGACUGUGUCUUGUACCCCCAGCACCUAGCACAUGUCCUGCUUAAUAUUUGUUGAAUUAAUAGGGAACUUUUUUUCUGGAAGGAAAUACACCAAUUAAUAGCACUUAUGUUUGCACGUUGGGA